UUACUUCCGUCAACAAAUUUUUAGAAAAAUUGAUCCCUAACACUUGAUGUAUAUACCAUAGACAGUCAUUCUCAUAUGAUGGCUAAACAUCAAGAUGAGCUGGAUGUUUUACAAGCAGUGUAUUGUGCACCUGGGGAAUUCAUGCUUAUUAAUGAAGGUGACUGUCCCUGCUUUAAAGUGUCCACCCAAGAUAUGACAUCACAUUUUAAUAUUGAAAUAACUUUUCAACUCUCUUCAGAAUAUCCCAAUCAAGUUCCACAUAUCUCUAUAUUUUGUGAUACAAUAAACAGAACACAGCUGUCACAGCUGAAACACAGCUGCCUGGAUUAUGCAAAUGAAUUGAAAGGAGAUAAUAUGAUUAUGAAUGUAGUCCAAUGGCUUCAGGAAAAUACUGAUUUCCUCAUUAAUGAACAUCCACAAAAAGAUAAUCCUGAUAGUGAUGUAAAACAUGACCAUGAUACUGAUCCUAUUAACAGAACAGAGAAUGAUAGUAUUUCUGCUACAAAUGACAUUGGAGCAUGCGUAAGGGCUAAUGAUACUGAAUCAUCAAAUUGGACUGCAUUACUCUCUUUGGACCACAUGAGAUCUAAAACCAAAUAUAUCAAGACAAUCAAGAAAUGGGUUGACCAGUUGGGUUUACAAGGCAGACUAAUAUUUCAAGGCAAACUGAUACUUAUUCUUCUACAGGGGCACAAAGAGAGCAUAAAGGAAUAUUUAACGCUACAGAGGACUGUUAAUGUUGAUGUAGAUUCAAAAGGCAGAAGUUGUAAGGAAAAGAUGAUGAAAAUAUUGCAUGAAGAAGAAACAAAGUCUCCUCCAAGCUUGUGUGGGUUUGACUCUAUGGAACUACAAACUAAUAGUGAUCUUCAAGACUUCUUCUCCAAAGCAAACUUAGGACACAUAUUCAAGUCUCACUUCUAACAUACAUCAUAAUCAAACAAGGAUUCAGUUUGUGACUUUCUUUGAUGUCAUUGACUUUUGACCUUGAAAAUUUACCCAUCUGACUUUUUGAAUCCAAAUAACCAAUCUGAAAAAUUAACUUUUUGGACCUUUUGAAGAUUAUUGAAGUUCAACAAAAGGUGAAAUGUCAAAUUCAAUGUCAGAUUUGAUUUCUUGGCAACUUGUAUGAUGUAUUUUAUGAUUUUCAAAAAACGGUUUCCUCAAUUUGAAGCAAGUUACAAUUUGACCUUAAAAUUUAUAAAUGUUGACCUACUUUCAGUUUGUAAAUGGAAAUAUCUCAAAACUGGGGCAAACUGAUAAUUAUUUAGAUGUGAAGACACAGUCAUUGCUUUAGAUUAUAAUCACCAACAUACUUCUGUUUUCUAGUACAAUUCUGAAAACAACUGAAUAUGUAAUCCUUAGAAUAUAUUUAUAUGAAGCUAUAAAUAAAGAAAAUAA